AUGCUCUUCCGAGUCUUCUGGCCCAGCCCGGCCGAGCAGACUGGAGUGUUGGUUGGAUGGUGGCUCACGGAAGAGGGCUAUGUGUUGAAGGAUGCUGCAGAGGCUCCGUGUGCAGCCUUUGUGGCUUGCACGAUCCGAUCCUCCAUCUCUGAAGCCGAAUCACAGCUUCUCAAGCUCAACGCCGUCUUCCAAGGGCAGGGGAUCUCGUGCCUCGCGGUUCUCGGAGAUUCCCAGGCGGGAGGUGAGUCUGCCGAGCAACUUGGGACCCAGAAGCCCUGGAUCCGCAGUCAUCGCGACAAGAAUCGGAUCGUGCGUGUUUCCGUGUCCGGGGCAAAGAUCCCCGCACCAACCUCGAUCCAAGUCGUCGUGUAUCAUCUUCCUGCACGACGGGGUGUCUUGACUGAAGCAGUUUUCGGUGCGAGGCCAAAGUGGCUAGAUGCCGUGGGAGCUUCCCCUUCCGUGCCUACCCAGCUAGAAGCUUUAUUGCCUUUGCUGGAUCUCGCUCCUCAAGUGUCAGAAGCCACCGAAGCUUUUCAAUCUCGCUCGGCGCGACCCCCGGUUGGCAUCAUCCGCUGGGUGCUAUGCUGUGCGGGUAGCGCUUGUGCUGUUUGCGGCAGCUUCAGUGGACUUCUUCUUGGCUGCUUCAAAUGGCGAUUGGACCGGAGUGCUCUGAUCAGCCAGCUUCAGAUUCGUCUGCACCUUCAGUCGCAAUGGCUGGCUUGCCAAAGCUCUUCGUCGCCCGACGAGGCCCGAGCCCACACGCGGUGCCCCUGUGCGGCCCGUCUUCUGCUGACCGCGUUGGUCUUCUCCUCACUGGUCGAUGCACUUCUGGGUGCCUUGGCCCUGGCCCUGGCCUUCUCCCUCUUUGGCGGAAACGAUGAGAGGCUGCCUUCGCCUGCGAGGCUUCAUCAGUGGGCCUACGAGGUAAAGCUCGUGAGCCUGGUGACCUGGCUCAUGGGAGCGCCUGCAGAUUUCAAGCUGAACCGACAGCUGACUUCAUUCGCGGGACAGCUCUUCCUCUCCAUGUUCUCUUUGUGGGGCCGCUGGGUAUUGCAGGCGCUGUUGGCCGCUUCUGGUGCAAUCCGGAUGCUGUGGGCGCUCCACUAUGUCCGGUCUUUCGACUCGGUUCUCUUCGUGUUUGGGUUCUCCCUGGGCUUGUCAGGCCUGGUGGCUUGUGUCAUGGAUUUGAUCGCCAUAGCCUCCCUGCCCCUCUUCGUGGCCUACCUGGGGACCUGCUUGUGCUGGAAGAUGGCUACACGCUCCCUCUACACGUUGGGCUUGCUGUUUCAGGGUUGGAAGCAUAAUGUCCUUCGAUCUCGGAUUGACCACCACAACUUCGACUUGGAUCAAUUGCUCAUUGGAGUCAUCCUACUGUCAAUUGUGGUUUUCCUCUUGCCCUCGCUCUUCAUGUUCUACAUCUGCUUUACAUGCUCAUGGCUCUUGGUGCUGGUUGCCCACUACACCCUCGGCCUGCUGGUAUCCCUGUGUAACCAUCAGCCGUCUUGUCUCGUCGCCCUGCAACCGAAGGCCCGGCGCAUCACGCUCCAAGUGCUCGAGGUGGUGGCGGAAGCUCCAGGACCUUCGCAGAGCACGCUUUCCCUGGCCCUGCUAAAACCGGUGGGUGCCGAAGGCCCAGCGGCGGGCCUGUCGCGGGCUCUGAAAGGUGCCUUUCUGCUGAGCCCCAGCAGCCUGAAGACCUGGCUGAGCUCGGUGCUUUUCGGCGAACCCCUGCCUCUGUGCCGCCUCUCCCGCCCGAGUCCGCUGUGUGAGUCAGAGCCGGUGCGGCUAGCAGAGGUGCUGAGAUUCAUGUGGAAAAGGCCUUGCAUUUCUCGGGAGCAUUCAGAGGAUUCUUUCGAGUCGCCAGAGCUGCAAGCCGCUUGCAAGCAUGCUCAGGGCUCGCAGCCGUUCCAGCCGAGGCAGACGGCGAGAGAGGGAGAGGAUGCGCUGGUCCUUGCUUUUCUCCGUGCCCAGGCCGCGAAAGGCGACGGUCUCUCAGCCGAGGCUGGAAGUGCGGCAGCAUGGAUCCGCGCGGCGCCUCUCCUCCGCGCUGCCGAGCCAAAGAAGCCGGCACCGCCAGCACAUGACCAGGCCGAAGAGGAGCGAGGCGGUCGCUUUUCUGCGGUGCCCAAAGCACUGGCGCUGCUUGCGGCCUUUCCUGGUCGAGGGAGGUCGCUGGCCCUUCGUGCAGGGGAAAAUGUCCGUGAUGCUGACAAGGAUGCCGUGGCCGAAGCCCGUUGGCAGCUGGACCGGCGCUUCGUUGGCAUUGCCCUCCCGGCCUUCGCGCAGCUUCUGACAGAACCCCUCGCCACUGUCGUUGACACUGCAUGCUGCGGACGUUUGGGCGUGGCCGCAUUGGGAGGAAUGGGCGUCGCCGUCUCCGCCCAGUACUCCCUGACGAAGACCUUCAAUGACCCACUGCUGCGGGUGACUGUGUCUCUGGUGGCGACCACGUCUCCCGAGGAUCGGCGAGAGGCGGUGUCUGCAGUGGUCUUGUUGGCGCUUCUCCUGGGAUUCUUGCAGGUGGCAACAUUUGGGGUGGCCACAGGCAUUGCCAUCCAGGGCAUGGGCGUGGAUCCAACCUCGUCGAUGUUUGGGCCAGCGGUGGCUUACCUACGCUUCAGGGCGCUGGGUGCACCCUUCGGCUCAAUGCUGCUGGCUCUGACAGGCAUCUGCCGCGGUUUGGGCGAUGCCAGGACGCCAAUGGUAGCGUCUGCGCUAGCCACGGCCGUGAACGUGUUUCUGGACCCGCUGCUGAUAUUCGCACUGGGCUGGGGCUGCGCCGGUGCGGCCGUGGCCACCGUUGCUGCGCAGUUUGCCGGCGUCAUCUGCAUCGCCUGGAAGCUGCGAGCCCUCUUCAGCGGGUCGAGGGCUCCCCGAUGGGCCAGCGUCUCGGCGGCUCUGCGGCGCUUCGUCACCACCGCGGGCGUGAUGAUCGUGAGGAAUUGGGGCAAAGUCUUCUGCUUCACUUUCCUCGCCAGGCAUGCCGCGCAGCAAGGAGCCAUCGUAAGUGCUGCCUACAGCCUCACCUUUCAGCUUGGCUUUGCCACCUCUCAGGUGGCAGAGUCGCUGGCGACGUCGACGCAGGUCUUGCUGGCCCAGGCUUUGCGCGAUGACGGCUCCUUCGCGCCCUUGUCUACAUCGAGAUCUGCCCGGCAGGUGGUUCUGCGGGGCUUGCAGAGGCAGGCUUGA